AUGGAGGAUGAAGAGAGCGUCCGCCGGGGGGCGGGUGAGGGGCCCGAGUCCCCGCAGGAGGCACUGGCCCCCCCCAGCCAGCUGCAGCCCCCCCGGCUCUACGAGCACACGCUGGAGGGGGACGAGCAGGUGGUCUUCACCCACCGCAUCAACCUGCCCCCCCCGGCCUGCGACUGCGAGGGGGGGGGCGCCGGCGGGGCCCUGCGGGAGGCGCUGGCCCGGCUGCGGGCGCUGGAGGCCCAGGUCCAGGCGCUGCGGGAGCAGUGUGGGGCCAAGGGCUGCUGCCCCCCCGCCGCCGCCGGCGCCCAGGCCGGCACAGGCCAGACGGACACCCAGAGCCUCUGCGGCCGGCACGGCGCCUUCGACUUGGCCACCUGCGGCUGCGUGUGCCAGCCGGGCUGGGGCGGCCCCACUUGCGCCGAGCCGCAGUGCCGGGGCUGCGGGGGCCGGGGCGAGUGCGUGGCCGGACGCUGCGUCUGCCCCCCCGGCUUCGCCGGCGCCCGCUGCGAGAUGGCCGUCUGCGCCGACGACUGCAACGACCAGGGCCGCUGCCAGGGCGGGCGCUGCCUCUGCUUCCCCGGCUACUCGGGGCCGGCCUGCGAGACGCCGGACUGCCCUGGGGACUGCCACGGGCGCGGGCGCUGCCAGGACGGGCGCUGCCUCUGCAGACCCGGCUACGCCGGCCCGGACUGCGGCACCCGGGCCUGCCCCGGCGACUGCAGCGGGCGCGGGCGCUGCCUGAAGAACGGGGUCUGCGCCUGCCACCGCGGCUACACCGGGCCUGACUGCAGCCAGCCCACCUGCCCCAGCGACUGCGGGGGGCAUGGGGAGUGCCGGAACGGGGAGUGCCACUGCCAGGACGGCUACGCCGGCGAGGACUGCACCAUAGAGAUCCCGGCCGUGACGCUGCGCGUGGGGCGCCGGGACGAGGGCUCCUUCCGCCUGCAAUGGACUCGCCCCAAGAUCCACGUGGAUGGAUAUGAAAUUCACCUCGUUCCCACGGGUGACCCCGAGGGGGCCGUGUCCCUGCAGCUGCCCGGCACGGCCACGUCCUUCGAGCGCUCGGGGCUGGGCCCUGGCCAGGAGUUCAGCGUCACCGUCCGGGCCCAGCGAGCCCAGCGCCUCGGGCCCCCCGCCACCCAGAGCGUCCGCACCCGGAUCGACGCUCCCCGUGACCUGCGCCCCACGGGGGCCACGGCCACCUCGCUGAGCCUGCGCUGGGAACCCCCGGCCGCCCAGCCCGACGGGUACACCCUGCACUACCGCCCGGUGGGGCAGGACAGCACCGAGCCCCCCACCCGCCUGACCCUGCCCCCCAACCGCACCACCCUCACCCUGACCGGCCUCCGCAGCACCACCCAGUACACCCUCACCCUGACCGCCCACCGCGGCCCAGAGCAGAGCCCUCCCGCCAGCACCAGUGCCACCACCGGGAAGCCGGGCCCCCGGCCCGCCCCGGCCAACGCCUCCUCGCUCCCCAGCCAGAUCUUCUUCCAGACCGUGGCGCAGAACCUGACGGCCAAGCUGGCCCGGUACAACGGGACCCUGCUGCAGCGGCUGGAGAGUUACCUCCGCGCCACACGCUACCCGCUCCGCGGCAACCAAACCAUCGCCAGCGUGGCCAGGACCAUCUACCUCUACCUGGUGCAGAGGAAGUCCCUGGAGGAACAGGAGAUGGUCUACGUGGGGCUGGGCCAGCAUUCGAAGGAGCUCGGGGCCAUGGCACCCACCCCGGGGCACCCUGCGGAGGAGCCCACGGCCCCCCCCGGCCACUUCCAGAUAGCCGGGAAGGAGGGCGGCAUCUUCUCGGAGGGCUCCCCCAGCUGGGCCACGGGGCCCAGGGGCCACGCCAAGCCGGCGGUGGUGGCCCGCUCCCCCGGCGCCAUUGUGGUCUCGCUGGAGGGCACGCGUGACCACGCGGAGCGCGUGGUGGUCCGCUACUGGCGGGCGGGCGACGGCGGAGGAGCGGGGGAGCUGGCGGUUCCCGGCGACGCCGCGGCGGUUCGCCUGCACGGCCUGGCGCCCGGCACCACCUACCAGGUGGAGAUCCACGGCCUGGUCCAGGGGCGGCUCUCCAAGUCCUAUUCCUUUCUCGCCUCCACAGCUCCGGAGGCAUCUGGCACCGAGCCCCCCGCCACGCCCAGCCUCUCCCGCCCUGGGCCGCCCCCAGGGGACCUGGCCGUGACAGACGUCUCCCCCGACCGGUUCCGCGUCACCUGGACGGCCACGACUGGCACCUUCCAGCACUUCCUGCUGCAGUACCGGGAGCCCGGCUCCCGGGUGCCUCCCGGGCAGACCCAGGUGCCUGGGGGGAAGAGGAGCGUGAUCGUCACCCAGCUGAGCCCCGGCACCGAAUACGAGGUGGAGCUGCGGGGGGUGGCACCUGACGGGACCAUCUCAGAGCCCAUCACCACCAGCGUGUGGACAGCACCCCCUGGCGGGGGCCCCGGGCCAGGCGACCUGGGGGCCCUGGGGGUCAGGAACGUGACCAGCGAUGGCUUUGGGCUGCAGUGGAGGGCACGGCAGGGCCUGUUCCACUCCUUCCUGCUGCGCUACGAGGAUGCGGCCGGGCGCACGGGGCCCCGGGAGGCCGAGGUGCCGGCGGACCAGCGGGCGACCCGCCUUGGGGGGCUGCGGCCUGGCACCGAGUACAACGUCACGCUGUACGGGGUGCACCGCGGCCAGCUCUCACCCCCCCUCAGAGCCAGAGUCCGGACAGCGCCAGCAGAACCCGGCACCCAGCCCAGCCUGGGGGAGCUCUCGGCCUCCGACGUCACCCACGACUCCAUCCUGCUCUCCUGGACCGUCCAGGCCGGGGACUUCGACUCCUUCCUCCUCCAGUACAAGGACGCGGAGGGCAAACCCCAGGCGCUGCCCGUGGACGGGGGAUCCCGCACGGUCACCGUCACCAACCUGGCCCCCUCCCGCAGAUACAAGUUCAACCUCUACGGCAUCUCCGGCCGCAAGCGCCUCGGCCCCGUCUCCACCGACGCCGUCACAGCCAAGGAGCCGCGGGAGCCGGAACUCACCUUUCAGCCCAGACUGGGGGAGCUCUCGGCCUCUGACGUCACCCACGACUCCGUCCUGCUCUCCUGGACCAUCCAGACCGGGGACUUCGACUCCUUCCUCCUGCAGUACAAGAACGCGGAGGGCAAACCCCAGGCGCUGCCCGUGGAUGGGGGAUCCCGUACGGUCACUGUAACGAACCUGGCACCUUCCCACAGAUACAAGUUCAACCUCUACGGCAUCUCCGGCCGCAAGCGCCUCGGCCCCGUCUCCACCGACGCCGUGACAGCCAAGGAGCUGCGGGAGCCGGAACUCACCUUCCAGCCCAGCCUGGGGGAGCUCUCGGCCUCUGACGUCACCCACGACUCCAUCCUGCUCUCGUGGACCGUCCAGGCCGGGGACUUCGACUCCUUCCUCCUCCAGUACAAGGACGCGGAGGGCAAACCCCAGGCGCUGCCCGUGGAUGGGGGAUCCCGCACGGUCACCAUAACCAACCUGGCACCUUCCCACAGAUACAAGUUCAACCUCUACGGCAUCUCCGGCCGCAAGCGCCUCGGCCCCGUCUCCACCGACACCGUCACAGGGCCGCCGAAGGAGGUACCCACCACCCAGCCCAGCCUGGGGGAGCUCUCGGCCUCCGACGUCACCCACGACUCCACCCUGCUCUCCUGGACUGUCCAGGCUGGGGACUUCGACUCCUUCCUCCUCCAGUACAAGGACGCGGAGGGCAAACCCCAGGUGCUGCCCAUGGAUGGGGGAUCCCGCACGUUCACCGUCACCAACCUGGCCCCCUCCCGCAGAUACAAGUUCAACCUCUACGGCGUCUCCGGCAGCAAGCGCCUUGGCCCCAUCUCCACCGACACCGUCACAGCCGCAGUGCGGCAGGAGGAAGAACCCACCGCCGAGCCCAGCCUGGGGGAGCUCUCGGCCUCCGACGUCACCCACGACUCCAUCCUGCUCUCCUGGACCGUCCAGGCCGGGGACUUCGACUCCUUCCUCCUCCAGUACAAGGAUGCGGAGGGCAAACCCCAGGCGCUGCCCGUGGAUGGGGGAUCCCGCACGGUCACCAUCACCAACCUGGCCCCCUCCCACAGAUACAACUUCAAAUUCUAUGGUGUCUCCGGCCGCAAGCGCCUUGGGCCUAUCUCCACUAACGCUGUCACAGCCGCGGCACCGACGGAGGCGGUACCCAUGGCCCAGCCCAGCCUGGGGGAGCUCUCAGCCUCUGACAUCACCCACGACUCCAUCCUGCUCUCCUGGACCGUCCAGGCUGGGGACUUCGACUCCUUCCUCCUCCAGUACAAGGACGCGCAGGGCAAACCCCAGGCCCUGCCUGUGGAUGGGGGAUCCCGCACGGUCACCAUCACCAACCUGGCCCCCUCCCGCAGAUACAAGUUCAACCUCUACGGCAUCUCCGGCCGCAAGCGCCUUGGCCCCGUCUCCACCGACGCCGUCACAGCGCCAGGGAAGGACGAAUCCACCCCCCAGCCCAGCCUGGGGGAGCUCUCAGCCUCCGACGUCACCCACGACUCCGCCCUGCUCUCCUGGACCGUCCAGGCCGGGGACUUCGACUCCUUCCUCCUCCAGUACAAGGAUGCGGAGGGCAACCCCCAGGCGCUGCCCGUGGACGGGGAUCCCAAGACGGUCACCGUCACCAACCUGGCCCCCUCCCGCAGAUACAAGUUCAACCACGGCAUCUCCGGCCGCAGCGCUGGACCCAUCUCCACCGACACCGCCACAGCACCGCAGAAGGAGAUACAAGUUCAACCUACGGCAUCUCCCGGCCGCAGCGCCGGCCCCAUCUCCACCGACGCCGUCACAGGUCAGCGGCUGCCCUCUGAUGUUGGCCUCUCUUCUCCCACCCUUUGCUUUGGUGUCAGUGACACCGACCGGCUGGGACCCUCCGAGGAAGAUGCAUCCAAUCCUUCAGCCUUCACAAGCAGCUGGCUGUACAAGGACGCAGGAGGGCAAACUCCCAGCACUGCCCGUGGACGGGGAUCCCGCACGGUCACCGUCAACAACCUGGCCCUCCCGCAGAUACAAGCUCAACCCUACGGCAUCUCUGGCCGCAGUUUCUCGGCCCCGUCUCCACCGACACCGCCACAGGUCAGCGGCUGCUCCCGGCGAGUGGCCAUGCCCCCUCACCCCUGCACAAUCUCUUCCAGCCGUGUGGCACCGCUGGACGGCAGUUGGGAAUGCCAGCUCCGCCUGGGGGAGGAGCUCCAGCGGCCAACGAGCUCACUUACUCCAUCGAAUUUCCUGGACUGUGGAGGAGGGACAUUUGACUCCUUCAUCCUCCAGUACCGGGACGAGGCAACCUCGGCGCUGCCCGAUCGUGCCCGCGCCCUCCACCUCCAUGACCUGGCCCCUCCCGCAGAUACAAGUUCCACCUUCUACGGAGUCUCCGGUCGCGCGCCCGGCCCUGUCUCCACCGACGCCAAGCCACAGGUCAGCGGCUGCGCCCAGACACCUGGGCCUCGGCUGCUCUGGCUCUCAACUCACGCCUCUUUCCAGCACCGCAGCCCUUUGCUCACUCACAACCCACAAGUACGGGGCGUGCGCUCCGCGGCACCGACGGAGGCGGUACCCACCGCCCAGCCCAGCCUGGGGGAGCUCUCAGCCUCCGACGUCACCCACAACUCCAUCCUUCUCUCCUGGAGCAUCCAGGCUGGGGACUUCGACUCCUUCCUCCUCCAGUACAAGGAUGCGGAGGGCAAACCCCAGGUGCUGCCCGUGGAUGGGGGAUCCCGCACGGUCACCGUCACCAACCUGGCCCCCUCCCGCAGAUACAAGUUCAACCUCUACGGCAUCUCCGGCCGCAAGCGCCUCGGCCCCGUCUCCACCGACACCGUCACAGCCGCGGCACCGACGGAGACAGUACCCACCACCCAGCCCAGCCUGGGGGAGCUCUCGGCCUCCGACGUCACCCACGACUCCAUCCUGCUCUCCUGGACCGUCCAGGCUGGGGACUUCGACUCCUUCCUCCUCCAGUACAAGGACGCACAGGGCAAACCCCAGGCGCUGCCCGUGGAUGGGGGAUCCCGCACGGUCACCGUCACCAACCUGGCCCCCUCCCGCAGAUACAAGUUCAGCCUCUAUGGUAUCUCCGGCCGCAAGCGCCUUGGCCCCGUCUCCACUGACACCGUCACAG